UGCUCAGCCCAAACCUCUCCUCUCUCUAAGAACAAAAAGAAAAAAACCACUUAAAAUACCCAAAAAAAAAGAAGAUCAAUAUGACAGGUUCUGGUUCCCCUUGUGGUGCCUGCAAGUUCUUGAGAAGAAAAUGUGUUAGAGGCUGUGUUUUUGCACCUUAUUUCUGCCAUGAACAAGGUGCAACCCAUUUUGCAGCCAUCCACAAGGUUUUUGGUGCAAGCAAUGUCUCAAAGUUGCUUGCUCACCUCCCUGUCAGUGACCGCUGUGAAGCUGCGGUUACAAUCUCAUAUGAAGCACAAGCUAGGCUUCAGGACCCCAUUUAUGGCUGUGUUUCUCAUAUCUUUGCUCUCCAACAGCAGGUUGUCAAUCUACAGGCACAACUUGCUUCUCUUAAGGAACAAGCAGCUCAGAGCAUUCUUAAUGGCUCUGUUACUGCAAACCCUAAUGACAAAUACUAUGGAAAGCUUCCUUCUCAGCUCCAAGAAGUUCAAAGUUGGUUUCACCCAGAUAAUUCAAGCAUGGCACCAAAUUUUAACCAAAAACUCUUAAAUCAUCCCAGCACUUCAAACUGUGAGAAUGGAUUUUUGGAUCCAAACUCUUUAGGGAAUUUUGAGAAUUCAUUCAUCUCAUCAGGAGAAGAUCAUGUCUCAUUUACUACUUUUGGGGAGACUCCUCAUUCUUUGUCUUCCUUCGACAUGCAAACAAACAACAGACAAUGGACUUUCCAGGAUGUUGAUGACCUUCAAUCAAUGGCCUUUGGCUAUGCUCAACUUUCAUGAUGAAGGGGAUCAAUGGUCUUCAGCA